AACAGAACCGCCUAUAUACAUUUGUUUUCGAAUCAUACUUACACCCGCAUCGGUAGAACGGUAUAAUACAUCACACCCAUAUACAAAACAGAACAGCUAUCGAACGCGUAUUUUUUUGCAGCAGAUAUGGCGUACUAUCAACCAACAAAUCCCACCACCGCAAACAUGGAUUUCUACCAAUCCAACUACCAGAACAAUUACUUGGCCAAUCCCAGUCAGGCAGCAGCUGCUGGGGCCAUGGGAAGCAUGGACGGAGGCUUCGGCACCGGAUUUGACAUCUCAGGAAGUAUGGGAAACGGAGAGUUAUCAUCUGGACUAUUGGCAGCAUUUGGAACCUCAGGAUACCCCAACGAACCACCACUUCUUGAAGAAUUGGGGAUAAAAUUCCAGCAUAUCAAGGCCAAGACGUUGGCGGUGUUGAACCCGCUUAACCAAAACAUCACCAGCGAUAUCAUGGCCGACACAGACUUGGCCGGGCCCAUUCUCUUUGUUUUACUAUUUGGAAUGCUUCUUUUAUUGGCCGGCAAAGUCCAGUUUGGUUACAUCUAUGGCGUGGGGCUAUUUGGUAUUUUGACGUUACACUUUUUGUUUAAGCUAAUGAGUGAUAAGGUGCAAAUUGACUUGUUGCGGUCGGCAUCUGUCAUUGGAUACUGCUUAUUACCGUUGGUAUUGAUCAGUAUAGUGGGGGUAUUCUUCUCAUUGGACAACUCUUUCGGGUACCUUUUGAGCGGGAUAGCCGUGACGUGGUGCACGUACUCGGCUUCGGCGUUUUUUGUGGUGGUGUUGCGGUUGCACAACGUCCGGGCGUUGAUUGCGUAUCCGUUGGCGUUGUUCUAUACGGUGUUUGCACUCAUGGCCAUAUUUGUGGAGAAAGAGGCCCUACUGGUGUGAGGUGUCCAAAUACUGCAUGCUCCUAAGGAUCUGUCAGCUAUAAAUGAGAAUUAGCACUAUCUUUUAAACACCUAUGGAUCAGUCAACGUCUAAGUAACAGAAUCAACCUACCCAGAGAAACAUAUAGUUACCAGAGACUCCACAAUUGACCUAUAGUUAAAUCACAUGGCCGUCACUCCUAUUACAUAGUACCUAGAGUUCGAAAAUUCACACCUACGCUCAUAC